AUGGACCAGUACAGCCCAUUUUUUGGUACCGAUUUUGCGAUCCGGGUGCUUCUUACCAGACCGGAUACUAGUGAGAUAGUCGUACGUGAGACUUCAAGUUUUCCUGAUACCUUGUCAUUGUUACUACUUGUGGCCAAUAAUUCUUUUCAUUUUGUCUUUAGUCGAGAAUCUAUCGAAAACAGUCUUUCUGCCCUCCAGGAUAGGGCUUCUGUUUCAGCUACUUCUGUUGGUUUUGGUCUUAUGGACUCAGCUCAUCCCUACUACCUCCAUCCCUCAGAUUAUCCAGGAAUGAACCUGAUUUCCUCAUCGUUUGAUGGAAGAGGUUAUGGUGGGUGGAGAAGGGUUGUUGUCAUAGCUCUAUAUGCAAAGAACAAGUUAGGGUUCAUUGAUGGAACCCUAGUUAUGCCAGAUGUAGAAUCUGGGCUUCAGAGAGCUUGGUCCAGAUGCAAUGACUUGGUCCUCUCUUGGCUCCUCAACUCCUUUCCAAAGAAAAUGCAAAAAGUGUCUUACUCAGAGAGUGCUAAAGAUAUGUGGAAUGACUUGGAAGAUAGGUUUGGUCUGGCAAGUGGAGCAAACUUUUCUAACUACAAAAAGAAUUAA